GUGCGCUCUCCGAGACACGCGGAACAGAGACACAAGGGAAGAGUCUCGAGCCGAACAUUAUAAAGUUUUACACAGUGUGAACUCUCCAAACUCUCCCCGGACUGACAUUCGCUUACACGGAUAAUACACGAAAAUAGUUUUCUGUGGAGAAAAAGUGACUUUUUGAGUUUUUGGGUGUGUGGUUGAUGAGCGCUGAGUGUGUAUGAAGUGUCUUUGAGAGUUUGUGUGUGUGUGAGAGUGAGUGUUUAGCUUCUCUUCAUCCUCAGAGAUGAAGGUAGAGUUCGCUCCUCUGCAUGUUCCUCUGCGCAGGCGCAUUCAGACAGCAGCGGUUCUGCAGUGGGUCUUCAGCUUCUUGGCUCUAGCUCAGGUCUGUCUGGCUUUGUUCGUGCUCUUGUGUGUCAGUGAUUGGUGGAUCCUCGGAGCGCUGUACGCUGGUUGGCUGUAUCUGGACAGGGACACGCCCUCAUGUGGGGGUCGGAGGUCACAGUGGGUCAGAAGCUGGCACAUAUGGACGUAUUUUCGGGAAUAUUUCCCCAUCACGCUGGUGAAAACAGCGGAUCUGGACCCGCGGAAUAAUUACCUGCUGGGUUUCCAUCCUCACGGUGUGCUGGUGGCCGGCGGCUUCGGGAACUUCUGCACGGAAGCGUCCGGAUUCUCCCGGAUGUUCCCCGGACUCACGCCGUACCUGCUGAUGCUGCCCUUCUGGUUCAGGGUCCCCUUCUUCAGAGAAUACAUCAUGUGUGGAGGGCUGGUGUCGAGUGAGAAGGCCAGUGCGAGUUACCUGUUGAGUCAUCCCGGUGGAGGACAAGCCGCCGUGAUCGCAGUGGGAGGAGCUCCAGAGUCUCUCGAUGCACGACCGGGGGCCUUAACACUUCAGCUGAUGCAGCGCAAAGGCUUCGUUAAACUGGCCCUCAAACACGGAGCGUGGCUGGUUCCCGUCUUCUCAUUCGGGGAGAACGAGUUGUUUGAUCAGAUGGAGAACCCCACAGGCUCCGCCCUCAGGCGUGUGCAGGACCGCCUCCAGAGGAUGAUGGGCGUGGCCAUGCCUCUGUUCCACGCCAGGGGGGUUUUCCAGUACAGCUUCGGCCUGCUGCCCUACCGGAAGCCCAUACACACCGUGGUCGGACGCCCCAUCCCGGUGACUCAGACUCCGUGUCCCAAUAAAGACGACAUUGACACUCUUCACUCUCUCUACAUGAAGGGUCUGACGCAACUUUUUGAAGAGAAUAAGCAAAACUACGGCAUCCCAGAAGAUAAACAUCUCAACUUCAUUUGACCUGUGUUUUACUGAUAUUAAAUAUCAAUGCUGCUGCAAGAAACUAAACUUACACUACACAAAGACAAUACUAACUUUAAACAAUCCUGUCACGGAUUAUUCACAAUCAUCAUCCACUGUUUGUGGUUUCAUCAGGAUCCGCCCAGAUUUGAACAUAUUUUUGUGUAAUGAAUAGCAGUGUGACACUAAAAUGUGAGUAUAUUCAUAAAAUAACACACCCUAGUGACUUAAUACUAUUUUUAAAUGUUUACUACCUAUUCAACAUAUUAAGGAUAUCAUUAUUACAAUGUUUCUAACAUCUAGUCCUGACUGAACAGAACGUUGUUUUGCUAAUAAAAUCGUGAGUUGAACAGAUGUGUUCAUGACAGAACAAUUGCUGUAUAUUGUCAGUGUACUGAUAGAUUGAAAGAUCUCUGUUUUAUAAUGUUUGGGCUCUUGUAAAUCUUCUACAUCUUGGCUCUGUUGUUCUCACAUUUGUUUUUAAUCAGGAAAUGUGAAUUGAUUGAAUGGAGACAUAUAUUACUGUACGGAAAAAGGGAAACAAAUAAAUCGGUACUUUUUAUAAUAGGA